GAAAAAUAAAAAAUAUAUAACGAUCCACGAGACAUAUCAUUUCGAAGAUAUUUGUUUGAUCGGUUGAUCGACGAACGUUCUUAAUUAAUAGAAUUUACAAAAAAAUGUAUUCGUAUCUUUCGUGUCUCCGAGUAGAUCGACUCGUAAGAAAUAAUCGAUAUAUCGAGUAUCAUCCGUUCAACCAUUUACAUUUUCGGCUGUAACGUAUAAAAUUAAAUUUUUUGCAUCAUCUUAAAAAAAAAAAUGGGACUCUGAUCGAUACGGCAGGUCCCAAAGUUUCGAGGGACACCAUUGUCAUCGUCUAUUAGCAUGGAAGACAAACCGCGAUCGAAUAUCGUGGAACGAAUGUUUUAUACCGUAAAUGGAGGUAUUCAAUGGAGUACAGAGCAAAUCAAAUCGGCGUGUCCUUGGAGAAGAAAGAAGGAAGAAAGUCAGCUAAUUAUUCCCGAAGGAAAAACCGAUAUACGAACGGAGCCACGUACGGACGCUGAUACCGAGGCUCGUACCGACGCUCGUGCCGACGCUCGUAUAGACGCUCGUAUAGACGCUCCUACCGACGUUCCUACCGACGCUCCUACCGACGCUCGUACCGACGCUCGUACCGACGCUCGUACCGACGUACGUACCGACGUACGUACCGACGCACGUACCGACGCACAUACGGACGCACGUACCGACGUACGUAUCGACGCUCGUACCGACGCGCGUACCGACGCACGUACCGAUCCACGUACCGACGCUCCUACCGACUCACGUACCGAUGCACGUGUUGACGCACGUGCCGAUCCACGUACCGAUGCUCGUACCGAUGCUCCUACCGACCCACGUACCGAUCCUCGCACCGAUCCUCGCACCGAUAUAGCGGAGAGAGAGAAAUUUAAAGAUCCAGAUCGACAACCACAGGGUUACAUAAUACCUAGUCGAAUGUGUCCGCCACAGGAACCAUCUUGUUGUUUCAUUAAAAUGCAGGAUCCUUGUGCGCCUUGCUGUUGCGAGACGAAACCUGCUCCUUGUCCACCUUAUCACGAAGAGCCUCGAGAACCCAUUUGCGGCUGUGAUCUGUGUAAAAAGGGAUAUCCUAAUGAUAAGUGCUGCGAUCAUAGAGAAGAAUUUCGGAGGGCAACCUUUUCACCGAGACAUUUCGAAAAGGCUUGACAAGAGGAUAGGACAGCAUAUAUGAAUCAAAGGAUAGGAGGAGAACACGCGUAGACGGUAUCGUUGCUUAUCUAUUUCAUGGAAUGUAUCUUAUCAUUCAUUAAAAAUCGUAUUAAUCUUUUAGUGGUCACCGAAUAACGACGAUAAUUAACGAUAAUAAUGAAACAUUUUUUCUGACAUAAUAUCUAUUUGGAUCGAAUCUUUAUACAAGAUAAAGUCUAAUUGUGAGUAAGAA